AGUCUACAAAAUGUCUUGGCUUAUCGAUGAUGCCAGCUGCGGAACAUCAAAUCCUGUUUCGGGUUUGAUGAAGCAGCUUGUGCAAGACAAGUCUUUGCAACAGGAUAGAUUUAUUUCAGAUCAACUGAAUGAAGGCACUUCCAAAAAGACUUUUAGGUCACGUACAGAAGUAGAUGCAUAUAAGAAUGAGUACGAGAAGUUUUUCAAUCAACCGGAUUGGGUUCACAAUUUUCUAAAUCAUCCUAAUUCAAUAAUUGAUGAUCCGUUGAAUCAUAACGUUACUUAUGAAAAGAUUUUUAAUAAUGCUAAUGUUCAAGACAUAGAUUGGGAAUCCGAAUUCAAUGCUAUAGAAAAAUUGCAAGAAUCUAAUUCCGUUUCUCAAGAUAAUUUAUGGGCAAAUAAAUUUCAUCAACAAAUUUCUAUAGAAGGAAACAAAAUUGUUGAACAAAAAUCUCCUGUAUCUAAUGGUGGUUGGGCAUCUGAGUUUGUUGUUGAGCAAAAAUCUCCUGUAUCUAAUGGUGACUGGACAUCUGAAAGAAAACAGCCACUCAAGUCACAUGAAAAAAAAGCAACUUUAACGUCAAUCGAGAUGGCAUCUGCAGUAUUUGUGUUGGAUCUAAAAGGAAAAGUUCUUAUUUCCCGUAAUUACCGUGGCGACAUUCCAAUGUCAGCUGUAGAAAAAUUUAUGCCUUUGGUUUUAGAGGCUGAAGAAGAACAACAAGCACCAACACCUUUGUUAGCCCUAACAAAGAAAAAUUCUAAUGCAACCACGAUUUUACUAUUCCUUCAUAAAUUGGCCGAGGAAGAAUCUAUUCGUGAUAAUUUUGUCAUUAUUUAUGAAUUACUUGAUGAAAUGAUGGACUUCGGUUACCCUCAAACCACUGAAACUAAGAUAUUACAAGAGUAA